AUAGAAGAGAAGGGAGGAGAAGGCGAGAGAGCAGGCUGCUCCAGAACGGUGGGGAAAAGGAGAACAAAGAGAAGAGAGAGAGAUCAAUGGCUUCUGCUCAUGCUCUGCUGUCAUCCCCUUUGUCCUCCACGUCGGUGGAGGCCGCCGGGAGGCAGGCCCUAGCGGGGCGCCCGCUUCCGUCUUCCACCACCUCCUCUCGGUCCCUUCUCCAGCCAUUCACGACCAGAAGAUCCUCCUCCUUCGUCGUCAAGGCAACUUCCACACCACCCGUCAAGCAAGGCGCAGACAGACAACUCUGGUUUGCUUCCAAGCAGAGCCUCUCUUACUUGGAUGGCAGUCUACCAGGAGACUUCGGGUUCGACCCACUGGGGCUGUCGGACCCAGAAGGCACGGGUGGGUUCAUCGAGCCGCGGUGGUUGGCAUACGGAGAGAUCAUCAACGGUCGGUUCGCGAUGCUCGGAGCGGCGGGGGCGAUCGCGCCGGAGAUCCUUGGGAAGCUGGGCCUGAUUCCGCCGGAGACCGCCCUGCCGUGGUUCCAGACCGGCGUCAUCCCGCCGGCUGGGACCUACAGUUACUGGGCUGACCCCUACACGCUGUUCGUGUUCGAGAUGGCGCUGAUGGGGUUCGCGGAGCACAGGAGGUUCCAGGACUGGGCGAACCCAGGGUCGAUGGGGAAGCAGUACUUCUUGGGGCUGGAGAAGGGGCUGGGUGGGUCGGGCGAUCCGGCGUACCCCGGCGGGCCCUUCUUCAACCCGCUGGGAUUCGGAAGGGAUGAGAAGUCGAUGAAGGAGCUGAAGCUGAAGGAGGUGAAGAACGGGAGGCUGGCAAUGCUGGCGAUACUGGGCUACUUCAUCCAGGGGCUGGUCACCGGCGUUGGGCCGUUCCAGAACCUGCUGGAUCACUUGGCCGACCCCGUGAACAACAACAUCCUCACCAGCCUCAAGUUCCAUUAACCAAAUUGGUUGCUCUCCCAAUCUCUUUCCACGGCCUCCUCUUCUGCAUUCAUCUUCCUUCCUUUUGUAAACAUUGUGGCCACGACCGCUUGAAUGUAGUUCUCUACUUUUUCCCAGAAAAUAUCAUGCACAUUACCCUCCCCGAUCACUUGGUUGUAGUUUUCUGCUUCUGUUGCUUUAUCAUUUAUAUGACUGCAUUGUUCA